AUGUCACAAAGUAGAAAGAAUCAACCAUUCAUUCCUGAGGGAUGGACUGCUCAGUUUGAUAAAGAAUAUCAGACAUGGUUUUUUAUUAACUUAUCAAAUGGGAACUCUCAGUGGGAACCUCCUAAUGGUACCAGUUGGAAAUUUGGAUCAGCUAAUGCUUCUGAUCCGAACGAACCUCCUGCCUAUGAUGAGGUGGUGAACGACAAUAAAAAUGGUAAACAAGUACAAACACAAACGCAACAGCAACAAUACCCACAGCAGCAGUUUCAGCAACAAUACCCACAACAGCCCUAUAUUCAACAACAAUACCCACAACAGCCCUAUAUCCAACAACAAUACCCACAACAACAGCCUUACUAUCAACAGCAAAAUACUCAAGGGAAAAGCAGUGGUAGAAAUAAUGCUCUAUAUGGUGGUUUGGCAGGUGCAGGUGUAGGUUUAGUGGGUGGUGCUCUCUUAUCAAAUGCACUAACCCCUCAUUAUUAUGAUGGCUACGGUCCAGGUUUUGAUGGUGGCUACGGUCCAGGCUAUGAUGGUGGGCUUGAUGGUGGGUUCGACUGUGGGUUCGACGGUGGGUUUUAA